AUGGCUAUUGUAGAGGUGGACGAGACGGCCCGACCGAUAUACGUGGUGACGAUCAAUCGUCCCGAGGUCAAGAAUGCAGUCGAUCAAGACACAGCUCAUGCACUGCACGAUGCAUUUCAACGAUUCGACCAAUCCGAUGAUUUCGCAGUCGCAAUCCUAAGGUCUUCAGACGGAGCAUUCUGCGCAGGAGCUGAUCUAAAGAGCAUGCUCGAUGGCGAUGGCCGACGGAAAGAGUCUGGCGGCAAUCCGCUACAUAACGAUAUGUCGGCCAUUGCUCCGAUGGGUGUAACACGGAUGCAGCUCUCCAAGCCUGUCAUCGCAGCGAUCUCGGGGCCUGCUGUGGCUGGUGGACUGGAGCUGGCCCUCUGGUGCGACCUCAGAGUAGCUGACUCUUCCGCAUAUUUCGGAGUACUCUGCCGUCUUCGCGGGGUGCCUCUCAUUGAUGGAGGAACUAUCAGGCUACCACGUCUCAUUGGCCUCUCUGCCGCGAGUGAUAUGAUCUUGACCGGCCGUGUUGUUCGAGCCGACGAAGCGAAGCGCCUCAACCUUGUCAACUAUCUUGCUGGCCCUGGCGAAAGUGCCUUCGACAAGGCUUUCGAGAUUGCGAGGCUGCUAGCAUCGCAUCCUCAGACAUGUAUGCGAAGCGAUCGACUCAGCAUGCUGAACGGUAUCGAUACACCUUCGUUCCAGGUAGCGAUGCAGCAGGAAUUUGCAUUGGGCAUGGAGACUUUGCGUAGCGUAGAUUUCGGCGGUGCCGUAGACGCGUUUGUCAAGAAAAAGACAAAAUUGUGA